CUGCGGAUUAGCUUUCUUCCCUCCCCUUCCUCACACAUUAAUAAUCUUGACACUCUGCUCUGACAAAUCUUUCGACCAUGGACGUUGACGCUGUCUCCCACACCACUGCCGCUCCUGCCACUCUCACCAAGGCCGAGCAGCAGGCUGCUCAGCAGCAGCCGCAGCUGUCGCUGCACGGCCGCGUUAUCGAGGUCGACGAGCCCAUCCUGCGUCCCAACCCGGACCGCUUCGUCAUGUUCCCGAUCAAGUACCACGAGAUCUGGGAGAUGUACAAGAAGCACGAGGCGUCGUUCUGGACGGCCGAGGAAAUCGACCUGUCGCAGGACAUGGGCCACUGGGACAACCGCCUGAACGACAACGAGCGUCACUUUAUCAAGUACGUGCUCGCGUUCUUUGCUGCCUCGGACGGCAUCGUCAACGAGAACCUGGUGCAGAACUUUAGCACCGAGGUUCAGAUCCCCGAGGCGCGGUCGUUCUACGGCUUCCAGAUGAUGAUUGAGAACAUCCACUCGGAGACGUACUCGCUGCUCAUUGACACGUACAUCCGCGACCCCAAGGAGCGCGACUUUUUGUUCCACGCUAUCGACAACAUCCCGUGCAUCCGCAAGAAGGCCGACUGGGCGCUUCGCUGGAUCGAUAACCGCGAGGCCAAGUUCGGCGUGCGCCUGGUGGCCUUUGCGGCGGUCGAGGGCAUCUUCUUCUCGGGCUCGUUUGCGUCGAUCUUCUGGCUCAAGAAGCGCGGCCUGAUGCCUGGACUGACCUUCUCGAACGAGCUGAUCUGCCGCGACGAGGGCCUGCACACGGACUUUGCCUGCGUGCUGUUCCACCACCUGCAGUCCCCGCCGGCCGCCGAGGUCAUCCUCCAGAUCAUCACCGAGGCUGUCACCAUCGAGCAGGAGUUCCUGUCCGAGGCGCUGCCCGUGUCACUGAUCGGCAUGAACGCCAAGCUCAUGUGCCAGUAUAUCGAGUUUGUUGCUGACCGCCUGCUGGUCGCUCUGGGCCAGCCCAAGCACUACCUGGCCACCAACCCCUUCGACUUCAUGGACAUGAUCUCGAUGCAGGGCAAGACCAACUUCUUCGAGAAGCGCGUGUCGGACUACCAGAAGGCCGGCGUUAUGAUGGGCACCCAGGGCAACCACCACGAGGAUGUCUUUGAGCUCGACGAGGACUUCUAGAAGGGAAAAAUCCACCUCGUAUACGCGCCGCUGUUCUUUUUGCAACCACCCCUAUCCGCUCUUCGUUCUUGUACAAAUCCAAAAAAAACCG